CACCCUCAAGAUGUGUACUCAUGAAUAGCCUACAAUACCUUAUUAAUAUAAUGAACAAUUAUAGUUCCAUGCACACGCCAACUCAAUAAUAACUAAAAUAAUUUCGAACUAUAUUUCAUAAGUGGUAGCAUUAGUUAUAUUACAUUUAUGUUUCUUCAUUAAAGCACCAGCAUCUUAUGCUCAAGCUCAUAUUUGGCUUGAUGAACAAAUUCGAUUUCACCCGGAGAAACCACAAGUCGCUAUCUAUAAUACGCCUUUUGUUUAUCGUCUCUAUUCAAACAACACUGUAUCAAUUAGACAACUUCGUUAUGCUCUUGAACUCACUGUUUUCAAUCAUGAAUCACUUCAUACAUCACUCGUCUUUGAUACAGAGAACAAAAUACUUAUGCAACAAGUUAUCAUAAAGAAGGAGCACAACAAUAAUUUUUUUCCAGUUAUGGAAAGUACUUAUGAAACAGAUGAACAACUCAAUGAGGUUUUACACGACGAGAAACGUAAUCCUCAUCUUUUUGAUCUUGGUCAAGGUCGUGUCUUUCGAUGUCAUAUUAUUUACUAUAAACAAAUAUCUUUAAACGAUCUACUUUCUGACAAAGAUCUACUUAUUUUCAACUUUCAUCAUGCUUUAUUUGAUUUUGCAUCCAUCAAUAUCUUCCUUCAUGACCUCAAUCAAGCAUAUACAACAAGUCAACUAUCUAACAAUGACAACACUAAUCUUCGUUAUCUCGACUAUGCUGUUAUUGAACAACAAAUGUCAAUGACUGGUGCAAGCAUGUUUUGGCUCGAUGCUCUUCAUGACUGUAAACUUGAUCAACCUUUAUCGUUACCAUUUGAUCGAUAUCGUCUCUCAAAUGAGCAUCGAAGUGCUCGUGGAACAUCGAUUUCAUUUGAUCUUGGUCAAGAUCUCUCACAUGACUUUCUUAUUUAUGCAUCAUCAAAUAACAUAUCACUUGAACACCUCACAUUUGCUAUUUAUUUCAUCUUUCUAUUUAAAUUAACUAAUGGACAAACAGAUCUAUGUGUUGCUAUGAACAUCAAUAAUAAUCGAUAUAGAGAUGAACUCAAAUCAGUCAUUGGAUUAUUUGAGAGUGUCAUCCCAUUACGAUGUCAGUUAGAUCCUCAUUGGUGUUUUCAUCAAUCCCUCGAACAUGUUCAAGAGGUAACAAAAAAUAGUAUGAAAUAUUCAUAUUUUCCUCUUCAGCGUAUUCUCAAUCAACAUCCACAUAUUUCGAAACAUGCAUUUUUGAACACGUCUCUUGAAUUUAUAUCAUACAAUGCUAGCACUGGCAACAAUACAAUUGUGAUUGGUGAUUCUCAAAUUGUUCCAGCAUCUUUUUCAUUUAAAUCUGAUGAAGAUGAGAUAUUAAUAUUACCAAAUGAACGAUGUCUAAUGCAGUCAUUGAACAAUACACAAAUAUCAUUUUCAUCUCCACUCACUUGUAUUCAUCAUGAAUUUGUAUAUCAAGUAAUGAAACAUCCACAAAAACUAGCAGUUGAACUAGAUGAACAAUCAUUAACAUAUUGUGAACUCUUAUAUUAUGUUCAAGUGUUAUCUUCCACUCUUCUUAAUGAAUAUGAUGUCUUUCCAGGUGAGAUCGUGUGUCAAUGUGUUGAGCGAAGUUUAUUAAUGGUGAUUGGUAUUAUGGGAAUUGAAAUGGCAGGUGGUGUUUAUUGUGCAUUGUCACCUCGAGAUUCACAACAUCGUUUGCAUGCACUUACACAACAAACACAAAGUCGUCUUGUUCUUGUUCAUCGUUUUACAAUAAAUAAGGUUAAUGAUAAUAUAAUUUCAGUCAAUAUUGAUUUAGUAUGGGCUAGCAACGAUAUGAACAGUGAUACUGAUCUUGAUCAACUAUCAAAUGUUCCAAUAGGUAGUCUUCUUGCUAAUUACCAAUGCAAGGUGUUUGAUAUAUAUUUACAAUCUGUUGCUAUUGGUGAAGAAGCAGAAUUAUUUGUUGGAGGAGCAGGUGUCUUUGCGGGUUAUCUUGGACGUGAUGAUUUAACUGCUAAAGCUCUUCUUGAAAUAGAUGGUCAACUAUUUUAUCGAACAGGUGAUCUAGUUAGAAUAGGUAACAAUGGACUGAUUCAUUAUCAAGGAAGGAAAGAUCAUCAAAUCAAAUCACAUGGACAAAGAAUUGAACUUGGUGAAAUCGAACGAAGUCUACUUAACAUUACAUCUAUUUCUGCUUGUGUUGUCAUAAAAUGGAAUGAUGAUUAUUUAGUUGCUUAUGUUCAAAGUUCUGAUACUAAUGAACAAGAAUUGCGUGAACAUUGUCAAUCUCAUCUUCCACCACAUAUGAUACCAUCCAUAUUUGUUAUACUUGAUAACUUACCUUUGAAUGCAAAUGGAAAAAUAGAUCGAAAACAACUUCCUUCACCUAUCUUUUCUUCGACUCAACUUUCAUCCUAUGAAUCUGAUACUCCUCUUAAUAAGUUCGAAGAACGUGUACACACUAUUUGGUGUCAAGUCCUUCAUUCUAAUGAAAAUCAAAUUUCGGCAACUACCAGUUUUUUUAGUGCUGGUGGUCAUUCACUUUGCUUCAUCGAACUCUAUUAUCGUUAUCAGUCAUUAUUCAGUUUUGAUGCUCAUUCACUCUCGAUUGGUCUUUUUCUUCAGCAACCAACUAUUCGACAACAUGCACAACUACUUCAAACACUUCCAUCCAAUGAUACGCAGACAACACAAUGGCAAUCACUACAUAUCAAUCAAGGUAAAACAUUUUUAAAUUAA